AUGGCAAUCCUUCAAGCAUACCAAGCUGACCUGCUUUUGGACAUUGAUGAAGGCGGAGAAGCUAGUGCUUACACUUUUAGAGAGCUGUGUUGUGCUACAGACUUGUCUCUCCGGGCCUCCAAGGAGAUGGCCAAGUCAAUCAGCUGGUAUAUGGCAGCCCUGAUGGCCACAGAGAGAUAUCUCUGGUUAAAUCUUUCUGACAUGAAGGAGAAAUCAUUCUACACCCUGCUCUCUCCUCAUGAUCUCUUGUCACCUCAGUCAUUGAGAGGUUUCAGGAGGCUAAGAAACAGGAGGUGGCGUUUAUCCCUUGCCAACCUCAUGUGCCUGAGACUACUGAGCAUGAGCAGUCUAGGCCCUCUAAAAGCUCCUCACAUUGAGCACAGAAAAAGCAGUGCAUCACUACCUGUGGCCUCACACAGAAAGACUGGAGAACCUGGUAAAAUUUAUUACAAAGUGCUAAAGGAAAGACGACCCAAAGUAGAGUUCACAGUUUCAAGUGACAUAAAUAAGACAUUACUUGAAUGCAACACAUGGUGUAAAACGGAAUGGGAUAAAGAAUUCAGGCCACGUGUGGAACUUGUAUCAGCUAAUGUUGAUCUCUUCGAUGCCAUAAAUGUAUUUAACACAUAUGAUAGAAAAGCAGAUGCCAGUGUAACAGGCACCUAUGUUCAAAGGGAAACAUAUAAACAUAUGGAAUAUAAAGAUGAAGCAGGAGAGAGACUUCCCAGGGCUGGAGCCUCUGUAGCAGCAGGAGUUGGACGAGCUCAUGCUGAAUACAGUAUACUUGAGGCAGAAGCCAAAGGCCCCAAUGUCUCAGCUGGUGUUGAAAUCAGUGUGGCUGGAUUAGGAGCAAUGGCUCAGGCUGAAGUCGGCAGUGCAUCAGCUAAAGCCGGUCCAGUUAGUGUGAAAGUGGGACUUGGACUCGACACGGGUGUAUCUAUUGGUCUGACUGGGGUGGAGGCAAAAUUCCUGGGAUGUGGAGUCUCAGCUGGUCUAAAAACCAGUGUAUCUCUUCUGGGUUCAGAAGUGUCAUGUUCAGUCAUGUAGUUACCUUUGAAAUUGUGAAGACAAAAACAGUAUCCUGAAUAUAUAUUAACAGCAUUAGUGUUAAUGUUUAGCUAUAAAACUACAACUUUAACUAAAUGAAAACAUAAAAUUAUGUUGUUGUUUUUUUAGAUGUUAUGUUUAUAUAAUU